AUGGAUUCGGUAUUCGAGUGGCAGCCCAACAGGUUCCUGCUGGACCAGCGAAGUCCGCAGCCCUUUGCCCUCCUGGUGCUCAACCAGCCGCUCAAGAACGGCAGCAACCUGCGCAAGCUCUGGAGAAACUCAUCUCUCCGUGUCGCUGCGGAUGGCGGCGCCAACCGUCUUCAUGAGCUCUCUUCGUUCCAGGGCAAAUACUCAAACCUCCAAGUCAUCAUCGGCGACCUCGACUCCCUGAGGCCGCACGUCCACAACUUCUACACCUCCCAGCAUACCCCCGCCAAAAUCAUCCACGACACCGACCAAGAGUCGACCGACUUUGGCAAGGCCAUCACCUGGAUUCGCAAGACGCAGCCUCCCGGAACCGACAUCAUCGCCCUGGGCGGCAUCGGCGGCCGCAUCGACCAAGGCCUCAGCCAGCUUCACCACCUCUAUCUCUUCCAGUCGGACCCCACCUACGCCCAAGGCCGCGUCUACCUCCUCUCCGGUUCCAGCCUCACCUUUCUCCUCAAGACGGGCACCCACCGUAUCCAGGUCCGGGAGGACGGCGAGGAGGACGUCUUUGGCAAGCACGUGGGCAUCAUCCCGCUGCAGGAGCCGAGCCGCAUCACGACCAAGGGGCUCGAGUGGGACGUGACCGACUGGGAGACGCGCAUGGGCGGCAGGAUCAGCACGAGCAACCACGUGCUCCCGGAGACGAAGAUUGUCGAGGUGCAGACCACAAAGGACGUCCUCUUCACGAUAGCGCUGAGCUGCAUCGACGGCGAGGAGGACGGUUGA